AUGUCUGCUCUCGAAGCAGAACUGUGGGCGUGGUUUGCCGUCACCGUUGUGGUUGUAACAUGUCGGCUACUUUCCAGGCGAAUGCUAUUUGGGUCUUUUAGAAAAUUGCAGAUUGAUGACUGGCUCAUGGUAUUUUCUGUGGCUGCUCUUACUGCAGUUUCAGUUGGGGUUCAGAUCCUCACGUACACGCCAACGAACCUCAUCGAGGACGUAAACGCAGUCGACCUAUCGCCCGAAAACGUCCUUCUAAGAGAAUAUGGCUCAAAGAUGGUGAUAGUGGUGGAGCAGUUCCAGAUAGUCCUUAUAUGGGGCGUGAAAGUCUGUCUUCUCAUCAUGUACAGCCGUUUGACCACGAGUUUGCAUCAGAACCUCUUCGUAAAGAUAACUGCAGGAUAUACUGCGCUAUCUUUUGUUGUCAUGGAAAUCUUAUUCUUUGCGGUGUGGUGUCGUCCUUUCUCUCAUUAUUGGCAGGUCCCUGCCCCCACUAUGAACUGUUCCCAAGAAAAAGACCAUCUUAUUACCAAUACUGUUUUUAACAUCACUACCGACAUCAUGAUAAUCGCCCUUCCGAUGCCAGUAUUCUUUAAGGCGCAAUUACCUCCAAAGCGCAAAGCAGUUUUGAUUGGCGUGUUUGCACUUGGCCUUUUCACAAUUCUCUCUGCAAUUCUGAGCAAGGUGUACAGCUUAGGUCAGCCCUACGGAACAGACUGGAUAGUGUGGUAUAUACGUGAGGCGAACACGGCGGUCAUCGUUGCAAAUCUGCCAUUUACAUGGACUUUGCUGCAGCGUGCGUUUAACGUCAGAUCCUUCAACGGAAAGUCCACAGGCAAUACACCAGCCGCCAACUCUAGAUUCAGAUCUGCAUACGGAAAUCUGACUAGUCGUACCGGAGGAGAAAAGAGGGUGAAUGACCUCGACAUCAGCCCAUCGGAAAGCCAGGAGCAGAUCAACGGUACCUAUGGUAUUCCAUUGAAGAUAUAUCAACACAAUGAAGUGCAUAUCACAACAGAACAAGUGGACCAGGAUAGCGGGCGAUCAUCACCACCGGAGGGCGUCCCCAUUGCAGCAGGGGUUAGCUUUGCCGUGAAUGGAAAUCCAACUCACCAUGACAAUGAUGACAGGUCAUCUAACGGGGAGGCGGAUAUGGGUAACGUAACAUCCAUCGGUCGCGGUCUAUGA